GUGGCAGCACAAGUCGGUGGCCGACGGGAAAUACGCGGUUAGGUGGUCUACCUGCUCCACCUUCGUAUGACGUUCGCUCGCGUUCGUUUGCGCUCGUACGUCAGUCCAUUCUCGACAGUUCUCGUCGACGAUCGACAUUCCGGCAUUCCGGAGGCACGAAGUCAUCUGGACAUCUCGGCACCACGGGGCACUCGUUUUGACGAAAAUGCAGUACCUUCUACCGCUAUUUUUAGUAGCUUUGAUAAUACAAACGUCGGUCGCACCACCCGUCACGCAAGAAAAGAAGGAUGGGGAUCACAAGGACAAGGAGAACGAGGUCGACGACUCUGACGAUUUGGGAAAUUCAGAGUAUCAAAUGGAGUACCACCGGUACCUAAAGGAAGUAAUUCAGGCUUUGGAAAGUGAUCCAGAGUUCCGGGCAAAGUUGGAAAAAGCCAAUGAAGAUGAUAUACGUACGGGCAAGAUAGCGCAUGAGCUGCAAUUCGUGGAUCACAAAGUCAGGACGAAGUUGGACGAACUGAAACGAGAGGAAUUAGAGAGGCUACGACAUCUUGCCACCAAGGAGCAUAAUCUGAUGAAUGGUCUGGAUUUGAAUCAUUUGAAGAUAGCGGAGCAUUUGGAUCAUUCAAACUCACAUACGUUUGAGAUAGACGAUUUGAAGAAAUUAAUCGCCAAGACCACAAAAGAUUUGGCAGAUGCUGAUAAACGAAGACGUCAGCAGUUUAAAGAAUAUGAAAUGCAGAAGAAAUUUGAGGAGGAGCAAAAGAUGAAGGGUAAUACCGGUAUGAAGGAGGAAGAAAGGAAGAAAUACGAAGAAGAAUUAGAAGCGAUGAAGAAAAAACACAAAGAUCACAAACCUUUGCAUCAUCCCGGUAGCAAACAACAGCUGGAGGAAGUAUGGGAGAAGCAAGACCAUAUGGAAGAUCAAGAAUUCGAUCCCAAAACAUUCUUUUAUCUUCACGAUUUGGAUGGCAAUGGUUUCUGGGACCAGGACGAAGUAAAGGCUCUAUUCUUGAAGGAAUUGGAUAAACUUUACACCGAAGGCGCACCAGAAGAUGACAUCUAUGAAAGACGUGAAGAAAUGGAAAGAAUGAGAGAACACGUGUUUAAUGAAGCUGAUCUUAAUCACGAUGGCCUCAUAAGUUAUCAAGAAUUUUUAGAACAAACAAAGAAGCCUGACUUCCAGCAAGAUGAAGGAUGGCAAGGAUUGGAUGAACAACAAAUUUAUUCUCAGCAAGAAUACGAAGCUUUCCAGAGACAUAGGCAGGAAGAAAUCGAGAAAAUGGUCGCCAAAGGAAUGUUACCACCACCCCCUGACACUGCACAUCUACCUGUCCAACACGAACAGUUUCCACCGCAAUAUCAGCAACAGUAUCAUCCGCAACAGGUGCAUCCAUCGCAGCAGCAGUAUCCCGCACAGAUACCGCAGCAACCAGUAGCUGGUCAUGUGCCACAACAACAAUAUCAGGUGCCGCCACAACAACCCUAUCAACCUCAAGUUCCACCACCUCAUCAUUAUCCCGGCCAGAUUCCGCAGCAACAACAAUACCAGGCGCAACAACCACAAUAUCAAGUGCCAGUAGCGCAACAUCAAUUCCAGGCUCAACAACCUCAGCAACAGUAUCAAGGACAACCUCAACAAGCGCAGCAACAAUUCCAAGGCCAGCAGACUCAGCAACGGGCGCAGAGCCAGCCUCAGCAGAAUCAGCAGCAAACGCAGCAGCAACAAAUGCAGAAUCAAGUGCCACAGAAUACUCAGGAUAAUAUUUCAUCGAGCAGUCAAGGUGCUGCACAAGCCAAUCACAAACUUCCACAGCAACAAGAUUUGAAAAUUCCCGCUGAACAACAAUCUCACCAGAACAGUAUACCAAACGUGCAAAAAGUGUAGAUAACGCGAUGCGGCGAUUAAAUAGUUAACAAAAAUGUUUUUAGCUCGUUUCUUUUUAAAGAAUAGAUCGGUUAAAAUUAAACCGAGCAGUUUUUAUAGUUCUCUAAUUAAAGAGGCUAUACAAGACUUUUCUUAAAAAAAUUUAUUUCAGAACAAUGCAAUCAAGACGUAGACAUUUAUAUAAAAAAUACUGAUGGUAAUUUUUUACCAUUUGCAUUGUUUUAAUGCCUUUGUUUGCAGCCAUAUUCAGUUAUAGACACACAGUGACAAUGAAAAUGUGAAUAUAUCCUUUUGCGUUAUACAUUGAAAUAACUUUAUUCUCUGAUAAUUAAUUAAAUGGAUUGACUGAGUAGUCUUCUCUAUUAAUUGAUUAAGAUUUUUAAUCUACGAUUUAAAGAAAUAAUUAUGAAAUGUUAUUAAUUUAUGCCAUAGUGACAGGUGAAAAAAUUAAUUUAUUUUAACAUAUACUACGGGAAAAUAAAAGAACGAUGGUUCGUUUCUAAUAACUUAAUAUGAUUGUUGUCAGGAAACAGGUCUUAAUUUCAUAAUGUUAUGUUAAAUCUUUUUCAGAUCACGGAAUUUAUUCAAUGCAUUGUUCUCAAUGUCAAUAAUAUCUGUUAUUGUUUCCAGGAAAUUAUUACUUUGUCACUAUUUCUUUAGUCGAUUGAAAAUUCAGAAUUAUUUAUCUUGUAUAAAAUUGCUCAGUACUAAAUAAAUGUUUUCCGAAAAUGCAUUACUUUGUUAGAAA